CUUUCAUUUUAGUUCAUUAACUUCAAAUAAUACUACUAAAACAAUGGUUUCUCUCAAAGCUCUCUCAACUGUCUUUUUUCUUUUACUCGGCGUUGGCAUUUGCUACGCCACGAGCCGGAAUCUCUUAACAUACGGCGAAAUUCCGUCUGGUCAUGGUGGUGGAGGUGGUGGAGGCCACGGAGGUGGUGAAGGCUAUGGAGUGAUUGGUGGUGGUUAUGGUGGCGGUAGUGGAGAAGGUAGUGGUGGUGGAUAUGGAGGAGUUGAAGGGUAUGCCGGUGGUGGUGGUGGUGGUCAUGGUGGAGGAGGUGGUGGAGCUUCUUCUUCUUCCGGUGGAUACGCUAGUGGAGGUGGAGAAGGAGGUGGUGGCGGUUACGGUGGAGCAACUGGUGGAUAUGGUGGUCAUGCUGGUGGUGGUGGUCAUGGUGGAGGCGGUGGUGGAGCUUCUUCUUCCGGUGGGUAUGCUAGCGGAGGAGGAGAAGGUGGAGGUGGUGGUUACGGUGGAGCAGCUGGUGGUUAUGGUGGACAUGCCGGUGGCGGUGGAGGUAGUGGUGGUGGUGGAGGAGCUGCUUACGGUGGUGGAGGAGAUCAUGCUAGCGGUUAUGGAAGUGGUGGUGGUGAAGGAGCUGGUGGUGUAAUUGGUGGUCAUGCUGGUGGGGGAGGUGGUGGAAGCGGAGGCGGUGGAGGAUCAGCUUACGGUGGUGGAGGUGAGCAUGCUAGUGGUUACGGAAGUGGAGCUGGUGAAGGUGGCGGCGUGGGUGGAGGUGAGUAUGGAGGUGCUGCUGGAGGUGGAGGUGGUCAUGGAGGUGGAGGAGGAUCAGCAAGUGGAGGGUCUUAUGGUGGUAGUUCUUAUGGAGGCGGCGAAGGAGGAGGAGCCGGAGGUGGGUCAGGAGCCGGAGGCUAUGGAGGUGGUGGUGGUGGAGGAAGUGGCGGAGGAGGAGCUUACAGCAGAGGUGGAGCUCAUGGAGGUGGUUAUGGAAGUGGUGGUGGUGAAGGAGGUGGUUAUGGUGGUGAAGCAGGAGGAUAUGGCAGUGGUGGUGGAGGAGGUUCAGGUGGAGGCGGAGGCGGCAGCCAAUAUGGUGGUGCUUACGGUGGUGGUGGUGGUUCAGGCGGUGGACACGGGGGUGGAGGCUAUGCUCCAUGAAGAAACCAACUCAAAAUAAAACAAAAGAAAAAGCUGGAAAUUAAAUGAUGAUUUGUAUACACAAAUGAAAAUGCUUUGGCUGAAAACAUUCUGUAUCCAUUAGUGAAAAUUGUAUUUCCUAAUAACUGAAUAUUUAUUCUCUUGCAA